AAAAAAAUAAUUCGUAGGAGUUAAAAAAGAAAGACCCCUAAGUCGUCGCUUCGCUUCCCUUCCUUCAGAAAAAGCAAACCAAACAUACUUUGUUCCUUCUCGACUAAUUAAGUGAUCGGAGUCAAGUCAACCUGCAGAGUUGUAUGUCGUCAAGAUCACAAUCUGGACAAGUUUGAUCAUGCCUUUGAGGGAAGAAGAAAACCCGGUGGGCUUAAGCGGCCCAAACCAACCCAAUUCUAGCAGUAGAAGGAGUGGGAAGCAGAAAGAAGUAAGAUGGUUGAAGCAUUAUUCAUCUGAUCAUCGGAUUUUGUUGGUUGGAGAAGGAGAUUUCUCGUUUUCACUUAGUUUGGCUUUGGCUUUUGGUGAUGUUUCUAACAUUGUCGCUACUUCCUUUGAUUCUUAUGAUGCUGUGAUUAAGAAAUACAAGGGAGCAAAGACAAACAUGGAAAUCUUGCGUUCUCUUGGAGCUCAGUUGUUACAUGAAGUUGAUGCCCUGCAAAUGAACCUCCAUAAAGAUCUUCAAAAGCAGAAGUUUGACCGGAUUAUUUUUAACUUUCCACAUGCCGGUUUUUUGGGGCUUGAAGAUGAUCAACAAGUUAUCAUGAUUCACAGAAUUCUUGUUUGUGGUUUCCUUAAAAACGCGAGUGAGAUGUUGCAUCCAAAGGGUGAAAUUCACGUAACGCACAAGACUUCAGAUCCUUUUCAUUUAUGGAACAUCGAAGAACUUGCUACUCAAAAUUCUCUAACAUUGCUUGAACGCGUAAACUUCAGACUUAAAGAUUAUCCAGGCUACCACAACAAAAGAGGAGAUGGAGACAGAUCUGACUCAUCAUUUCCUUUAGGAGCGUGCAGUACGUAUAAGUUUGUCUUCUUUUCGAAAGGAGCCAAGUGUGGACCCUCAGCUGGCCGGAACAAAGUUUCACAAAAAAAGAAGCAGCCUCAGAAAAAGCUUUAUAUGCCUCAACAGUAUUGCCAGCAAGUCACCCAACGUCCUUUUGGGAAUUGUUUUGCAGGUUUGCAGCCUUCAGGGGCUGUUAGAUCGGCUCCACAUUACUUUCCGGCUCAGGCAUUUUCCUCGGCUCCACAACAACCCGCUCCAGUCAAUUUAUUUGGGCAACCAUCGCAAUACCCAACUGCCACAUAUGGAUCAGACCAGCAACUACCAUUAGCAAGCCUAUCUCAAGGACAACAGUCGCAGCCUACAACCAUGCCAGAUUGGUCUGCAUACGGGCAUGCUCAGCCUAACUCUUGGCCUAGUUACACUGCUUCCCCUACUCUGCUUUAUGGGGAACAGGGUGCGACUUCUACAGAUCUGGCUUCAGCUUUUUCUUCAAUGUCUUUGCAGCCACCUCAGGCUGACCCAAUGUACUACACGGACACUGGUGCUCCAGGUUGGUCAACCUAUGAUAGUGUAUCACCCUCCGGCUCGCUAUUAAUACAUCCUACGUUCGAGCACGCUGCAGCUGCAGGAUACAACUUGUCACUGUCUGAAAGCGGGCUACAGCCCCAUCCUUCUGACUACACUAGGAUAGGACAAAUGUACCUAGUACAGUAAUGACGUCCCCCUGAACACUUUUCAGAGCGGUAGCUUUGGCGAGUUUUUAUCCUGUUUUACCUUCAUUGGAUCGAUCUUCUUCUACUGUGUCGUUCACUGUUGUCACAUCUCUUACUUGACAUCGUUGUCGAGGCCUCCCCUGACAAUCUUUGAUUUUUUAGUUUCUAGGAAAUUUCUUUCAUGCUCUUGUAAAACAUUACCCAUUUGUCAUAAUUGUCAACUGGGAAAACAUUGUUGUUUACCUUUUUCUGCUUCUAGUACUAAGAAUCUUUCUUGUUUCAA